GCCGUCGCGGAUUAAUUUUUCGCAUACCCCACUUGCAGAAGGGUCUAUUCUGUUGAUUCGAGGGAAGCAUCGUUGGACCAAGUGUGCUCAUAUACUUUUGUUCGAACAUUAUAUGGUGUUUUCUUUGUUUUAUUGGACUCCUCGAAAUCUAAUGGCUGUUUACGCACUUCACGUCAAAGGCUGACUCGAGCGUGUGCGAAUACAUUUUAGUGAGAACUGUGCGAUAAAACGAACAUCAACCGGAUUUGAAAGCCCCACAAACACGAGGAGCAUGAUGAGAGACUGGUUGGCAACAAAAACUUUUCUCUUCGUAAAUGUAUGCGAGAAUGCUGUUUAGCUAAUGAAUGUAAUCGUUGCCACCCAGUUUAAAUCGGAAGUGAAGAUAUUUCCUUCAGGAAAAAGGUUGAAAAGUAGCAUUUUGCAUGUGGAGGACAGGAACUUGAAGUUGGAUUGAUUCGGGGGGAAAAAAAACAUUUGUACACGUUCUACGCGUUGUGCUUCGUUUCAUAUAUCAGAUUCAUUGGAACCACGGGUGAGAAAAUGCGUUUUGUGAGCUCAUUGUUAUGUUGUAAACUUGAAGAAACCCGAGAGAAUACGACUCUGCUUCGUUUGUGGUUUUUCUUUGCUGUCCUUGUUUCAAAUUCAGCCUGUCCUGACAAAUGCGUCUGUUUCACAUCCACGGUCAAAUGUUUGAACCAGGGUUUAUUCGCGGUUCCACAGCCAUUGCCAGCAAACACUAAAACCCUGUUCAUUACUGGGAACAACAUUUCCCAUCUCACAGCUGUGUCUUUCCCUGUGCCUCUUGAGCAGUUAACAGACUUGUAUCUCACAGGAAACCAGGUGGAGCUGGUGGACCACAAUGUAUUCAACAACUUGCCAAAUCUCAGGCUGCUAGACUUGAGUAACAACAGGAUUCUGCAUUUUAGUGCUCAAGCCUUCCCUGAUUACAACAAACUGCUGGACCUUAACCUCAGCAGGGCUUUUUACAACCGUACUUCCAUGGAUGAGCUCUUCAGUCUGCUACGGAGUGGCGGAGCCCUUCAACUUACCCGCUUAGACCUGUCCAACAAUGACCUGGUGGUCCUCCCUGAGGACAUGUUCUCCCGGCUCUCCAACCUCACCAUCCUCAACCUACAAAACAACUCCCUAAUUUUCAUCCAGAAAGGGAUGCUGAGUGUUCCUCGGCUCCGUGAGUUAGACUUGAGGAACAAUGCCCUGAGGGAACUACCCAACACUACACUGAUGGACUUAAGCCUCAAGCCUGGGCUUCAGGUGCAUCUGGCAGGAAACCCUUGGCUCUGUGACUGCAAUAUUGAGGACCUUGUGGCCUGGCUGAAGAGCUCUGAGCAGGUCACAGACAAGCAGAAUAUGACCUGUUCUGACCCGGAGGUUCUGCGGCAGUUACCGUUGCUCCAGAUAAAAGAGUUGGAGUGUACCUUUUCAGGUGAAAUGAAAGGUGUGCUGGAGACCUCGUAUGUCUUUCUGGGCAUGGUGCUGGCCUUGAUUGGAGUGAUCUUUCUGCUGGUCCUCUACCUCAACAGGAAGGGGAUCAAGCGGUGGAUAUACAAUAUUCGGGAUGCAUGCAGGGACCACAUGGAGGGAUACCAUUACAGUUCAACGUUCCAUGGAUUGAGAAUCAUGACUCAGACGGGGUUUGUGAGCGGGCUCUCUGUAUUAUAAAAUGUUCCCUUCCUUGAGCAAAAAAUUAUGGAUUUUCACAUCACAACAUUGCAGUGUAAGAGGCCUCCAGUUUUUUAAAAUGGACUGGAUCUUUAUACUUACCACCUGGAUCCUGUUUCAGUAGUAAUGAAAUCAGACCUUGCUGAGUACACAAUAGUCUACCAUUUUUAUAGCAGUAGUUAAAACAUGCUAAUAAUGGAUCUUUGAGUACAUUAAAAAAAGGUCUGAUACACCUCUACUGGUAUACCAACAAGCCCUGGUGUUUUUCCAGACUGAAAGGAUUUAAUUGCCUCAAGAAGUUCCUCCUUUCUAAGAUGUCCUUCACACAAGUCUUUCUGUACAAUUGUUAAUUUUAGAUUAUUAUUAUUAUUAGGAAAGAAGUUCUUACAGUUAACAUUUUUCAGUGGAGAUGGAGGAGAUUGAAAAGUAAACAUAUGCUUAAAAUAUUUUGCUUCCUCUUUCAAAAUAUAAUUUUAUGAAUCAUGGAUGACUCCUUCGUUUGUAAUGAGUUUUUGUAAAUUAUUUUUGGUAGCAUUUCUAUGUUGAAGAUUCAAGAAACAUUCUGUGCAUUUUUCACCAUUUUCCAUCCAAUUCACUUUAUUUUUGUAAUAAAUUACACUUGAUUGUUCUUGAAUAAGUUCCUCCAAUGUUUUUUGUUUUUUGUCUACAGUAGUUUUAUUGCCAUCUACCUGUACUGUUAUUUCCUCUAUUAGUCUAUCUUUUGACCAUGACUGAUUUACACAAGUUUAACUUACAAUCUACCCUGACAAAGCCAUGGCAAGAUAGCAACGAAGCACAUGCAGUACGAAAAUCUAGAGUAGGGGUGUCCAACCCUGCUCUAGGAUGGGGUGUCCAACCUACAGGAUGGUAGCUCUCCAGGAACAGGUUUGGAGAGCCCUGAUCUAGAGAGCGUAAACCGGCAAAACCAACCUCUCCACACACUUUUUAUUGUUUUAUUCCAAUGAGAUUUACUGUCAUUGGCCUAUGCACAAUGUCAAAGUGGAAUUAUGUGUUUUGAAAUGUUUACAAAUUAAUAAAAAAUGUAUCUUUAA